AUGUUCAAUUAUUAUUAUCAAAAUGUAUUAUCACAUCAAUUCCUAUCUUUUAUGUUAUUCACUUUUCUUGCAAUGCUUAUUUUAUUUUGGCCUACAACACAGAUUGCAACAGCACAUGAAUUAAAUUACUAUUUGGACAAGUAUGCGAGGGAUACGAUACAAUCGAUACAUGCAAAUUUCUCCCUUCGUCUUUUAUCAAAUACAGCAGAUGAAGAAAUUAAUGCGGUACUAUCACCAUUAUCAUUGGCGAUAACAUUAUCAUUGACUAGUGCUGCUGCAAGUGGUUUCAGUAAUAGUGCAGUACAGAAAUAUUACUCAUUGUUAGCCAACAGAUUACUGGUUGGAAAUAGUGGUGCUACAAUAGCACCAGGCCUCCUAAUUGUUUUACAUCUUUGUGAUCAUGAUCGUGGUCCAAUAAGCAAUGCUAUGAUUGAAAUAGCACGAGAUUAUAUGGCUGAUAUACUUCAGUUCGAUUGCAAAAAUAGAUCAGCUACUAUUGCGUUUAUCAAUCGAUGGAUAGCAAAUCAAACGAAAUCAGAGUUUAAAAUUUUUACAAGAAAUGUUUAUGAUGUAGGCUGGCAUUUUAUGCUUGUCGAUAGCUUUUAUUUGAACGCUGCUUGGCAUUAUCCAUUUGAUGAGAGGAGGACAACUGCGAAAGAUUUUUAUGUCAAUGAACAUACUAUCACUCGGGUGGAAAUGAUGUCUAUGUGGGCAUUUGAUAAAUUUAAAUACACCGAAGAUGCUGAUGUCCAAGUUCUCGGUCUUCCUUAUGAGUUGAAUUCAAAUCUUUUUCUUUAUAUAUUUUUACCACGAGAGAAAUUUGCAUUAAGAAAUGUUGUACGCGAAUUAACUGGACGUCGCCUUUUAUUUUUGAUUGCGAGAUGCAGAAUAAUGGAUGUUGAGGUUGAGAUACCUCGAUUUUCCAUCGAAAAUCAUUUCGAAUUGAAUUUACCGCUGGCAAAUCUCGGAAUAGUGGAAGCAUUUACCAGUCGUGCUGACUUCCCCGCUAUUUCAGUUCAAAAGAUGCAUGUCUCGACGCUUAUUCAAAAAACACAAUUUGAGAUUAAUGAGAAAGGUUCAUAUCCGGUAAACAGCACUCAUGAAAUACCAAACGAUAAGUUAACCGUUCUAUGGCAAGGUGGACAUAUCAAAUUUAUUGCCAAUCAUCCAUUUAUGUUUGCCAUCACAAAAAUCGAUCAAAUGGUUCUCAUAGGGCACUAUUCCAGUUAA